AUGGAAGGCGUGGAUAUUGCAUGCUUGAAUAGUCCUCAUGAGACUGUUCUCGCUGGUGGUGUCGGCAUUAUUGCCAAUCUGGAGUUUCGGCUACGUGAAAGGGGCAUUCGGACAAAACAGCUUGUAGUUCCGUAUGCUUUCCAUUCUGCUCAACUUGACCCCAUUCUGGGGGCUUUUGGAGAUGCAAUCAAGCAGGUCACGUUUGAGAGGCUCCAGGUUCCAAUCAUCAGCCCCGUAACUGGUCAGCUGGAAGAGCGGAUUGGCGCUGACUAUCUGCUUCGACAAGCAAGGCAGACAGUACAAUUCUCCCCUGUGUUGGAGAGAGUUAAAGGCUCUGGUGCUCUAAAUGACAGGACAAUCUUCCUGGAGAUUGGACCACACCCUAUUUGCUCCGAAAUGAUCAAAGCUACUCUAGGCCGUGACACAUGCACAUUGCCGACACUUCGCCGGAACGAAGAUUCUUGGGCAGUUCUAGUGCAAAGCCUGGCCGCGCUGCAUGAUAAAGGGUUGUCAGUUAACUGGGGAGAGUAUUACCGAGAGUACGAAAAAGCUCAUCGGCUUCUGGCUUUGCCGAGCUAUGCGUUCGACAACUCCAGCUACUGGAUUGAUUAUCGGAACGACUGGUCACUCCGGAAAGGAGAUCCACCUGAGACAACUAUAAACCCUGAGAAGUGCACAAAGCUGUCUUAUUAUCUUCAUCGUGUUGUGAAAGAUGAGUACGACGGCACCCAAGCUACGGUUGUCUAUGAGACCGACCUCCAAGAUGAGAAGGUCCAUGCUGCGAUUUCUGGACACCGGGUGAAUGGCUGUGCUCUAUGCCCAUCCUCCUUGUAUGCAACAGUUGCACUUGAUGUGGCCGAUCAUCAGCAGAAUCGAAUGAAGUCUGCUCAGAUUCCCCUCAACGGGCGGAACAUUACACACAUGGAGGUCUCGCACCCACUCAUAGUUGGCUCUCUAGAAGAUGAGAAACGAGUUCUUCGAACUACCGUUGAGCUAGCAGAGCGACACUCAAACAUUAUCCGAGUUAGGUUUAGCACAGUGGCGAGCGAACUUAAAGAGACUCAACAUGCCUGCUGCUUCCUGGAGCUUGGCAAACAAGAAGAUUGGCUUUCUGAAUGGGCCGAAAAUGCCUACAUGGUGCAAAAGCACCUCGCUACACUGGAUGCACUAGCUGCCCUCGGAAAUAGCAGUAAAAUAACUCGGAAAUUAGCGUAUCGCUUGUUUCGAAGCCUGGUGGACUACGCACCGAAAUAUCAACUCAUGGACCAAGUAGCUCUCGCUAACUCCGGUGUGGAAGCCUCCUGCAAAGUCCAGCUACAAGGCGAGAACGGCCCGCAUUGGAUUGACGCCUUGGCCCACAUAUCAGGAUUCGCCCUGAAUGCCAACGAGGAUACAGAGAGCGCCGACUUCGUGUAUAUCUCUCAAGGCUGGGGCGCAAUGCGCCUCGGAAAACAGCUGCAAGCUGGAAGGACGUACCAAACCUACGUCAAUAUGUGGCCUCAGAAGAACGGUUUGAUGGAUGGUAACGUUUGGAUCUUAUCCGACAACGCAGUAGUGGGCUUGAUCGAAGAUAUCCAGUUCCAGAAGAUCAAACGUCAAGCCCUCAAUUUGCUUCUUCUAGCUCCUGGCUCAAGCAGAGAAUCGGCGAAUCUCGCUUCUCCGUCAGCGAUGAAGGAAUCAGCCCAGCAACAGCCACAUCUGGGUCUACCAGAGGGAAGAGUUAAACCAGACACUAAGACACAGGAUAGUUAUCGGCAAUUGGUUGCCGAAGAACUAGGUCUCCCCGCAAGUCAACUGUCUGAUAACGGCCAUCUGCUCAACUUAGGCCUGGAUUCACUCAUGUCGCUCACGCUCACGAGCCGGUUGCAAGACGAGUGGGGAAUCGAAGUCUCUCAUCAAUGCCUGCUUGAAUGCGUAACCAUUGGUGAGCUCCUCGCCAUUCUGGACAACGUUACGGGGACAGGCCAUGGUGGGUCUUGCCAGGGACCGGAUAUACCACAAGACCCUACGGCAAAAUGUUGCGCCAAUGGGCCUACAAGAUCAACCGAUUCUUGGACCCAGACAGGGUCGGCUUCUGAGAACAUAAACAAACCAUUCACGGAGAGCGAAUUUUCAUUCGGCGAAGCCCACUUCUCCUCGGCGCAGGGGGUUGCCCUAACAGGGGACUACAUUAGUGACGUCGACCCUCCAUCCGGGCUUCUUUUCGAAAGCGCUGAUAGCAUGCACAAGCCUUCUGAGUCUAGCCGCAUAGACUCGGAAAUUGAUUCACACGAGCCGUCUGCCAAAGUAAUUCUCCUGCAGCGGCGCUCAAACCUAUCCAGCAAUAAACAAUUGUUUCUUUUCCCCGAUGGUUCCGGCUCUCCGGCCUCGUAUGCUCAGUUCGAGAACCUAAGCCCCGACUUUGAGGUUUACGGACUUUUUUGUCCGUACCUCAAGAUUCCACAAGCUGAGACAAAUGGUCUGGCCGCCACUGUGGGGAUUUAUAUAUCUGCCAUCAGAGAGAAUCAGCCCCACGGUCCAUACCAUCUCGGUGGCUGGUCAAUCGGUGGAGUUUACGCAUAUGAGGCAUCUAACCGACUAGUGCAAAUGAGAGAACAUGUCGCCUUACUUCUACUAAUCGAUUCCCCGUGCCCGUCUAUUUUCCCGCCAAUGAAUUCCCGUCUAAUAAAGUUCUUUGAGGCACUAGGCGUUUUUGACCAAAUGCCCAGUGAUAUCCGAGGGAGAAGCCCUCUUAGCAAACGCGAGCAAGUCUUGAAUCACUUCAAAAUAGCGACGGAGGAUCUUUCGGACUACAAACCUGUGAGAGCUAUGGCGGGAGAGGCAGCUCCUAAAGUAUUCGUAUUCUGGGCCAGAAACGGAGUUUGUGAGGAACAAGCAUCCGUGAGAGACGAUGGCUCGUCGACUGAUUCAGCCUAUGCACUUGAUAACUGGAUUCUGGCUAAGAGAACAGAUUUCGGACCGUGUGGCUGGGAAGCAUUACUUCCGGUUGAACGUAUGGUGAUGAGAGUUAUUCCAGGGAAUCAUUUUACCAUGAUGCAGAGCCCUAAUAUUGCUCAAAUUUCGAAGGAGAUACAAGAAAUUUUGCGGUUGCUUUAA